AUGCCACUUCUGUCUCUCCACCUUGACCUCCACGCUGACCUCCACCACCGUCUUCUCCUUCCCCAUCUCACCUUCCGUCGUUAUAUCCAUGCGAAAGAUAAAUACAUAUACAAUACGCCUACAUCAGCGCCCGAGGCUAACAUUAUCAAGAUAAGAGGUCAAUAUGAGCAACCUCACAAAUUGUUUUCAGAGAUAUUGACACCCCUGCAUGAUGGAUCUCAGUAG